AUGCGUAUAAACAACACUUUCUCUGCUGGUUUGCCUAUUGUUCAUUCGAAUGCAGAGUUUUCAGCUUUAGUAAACUCAAACACUUUAGCAAACAUAAACUUAACCUUAGUUGACGCAAACUUUGUUCCUGUAAAACUUUUAUGUCCUAUGUAUUUGUCAAUGACGGCAGAAAGUUUCGAAUUGGAAGAUGCAACUGGUGAAAGUAUUGUAUUACAAGAACAACUUCAACAACAAAUAGCUCAAGAACAACAAAUGCAACAAAUAGCUCAAGAAUAA